GAAUAGAUCCUAAUUAGUGAUAAACUGAUUUUAUUUGCCGAACUCUAUUCGGACCGAACCAUCUACGGGUGCUCUUUUAGGUUCUUGCUUGAACGCAAAGCCAGUUCAUAGAGAAUAGAAGGCAGCUCAUAUAGAGAAACACAAUAAAAGCAGUUUCACAGGAAGAGAAAGAAGAAGAACAAGUAUUGGGAAGAAUGGAAGCGCCAAAAUCAAUUGCUCAUGAAAUCGGGGGCAUCCAAAACGAUGCUCUUCGAUUCGGCCUUCAUGGCGUCAAGAGCGACCUCGUCGGAGCUCACCCUCUCCAAACAGCCUACCAAUCGUCCAGGAAAACCCAAGAGGAGAUGAAUAGAAAAAUCCUUGCAAACACGUAUGGGUCAGCCUUCCCGUUGAAGAUGGAUCUUGAUAGGCAAAUUCUUUCCCGUUUUCAGAGGCCACCAGGACCAAUUCCAUCUUCAAUGCUAGGACUUGAAGCUCAUACAGGAAGCUUGGAUGAUUUUGGUUUUGAGGAUUAUUUGAACGAUCCUCGCGAAUCUGAAACUCACCGGCCUCUCGACAUGCAUCAUGGUAUGGAAGUACAACUUGGACUUUCCAAGGGACCAGUGUAUCCCAGUUUCAUAUAGUGCAACCAUAUAGCCAAUGCCUAAAGAGUUCAAAACAGUACUUCAUUUUAUGUCAAUUGCUGGUGGACUUUGUUGUUGAUGUUCUUAGUAUUAUGAUCUGUUGAACUUAUCAUACACUCUGAGACCAUAACAAUUUUAUUGUUGUCAUGUUGCCAAAUCUGGUUUAAGUUGCUUUAUGUUUUUAUUUUAUCACCCCUUAUUGCAUUUGAA